UUGUGGCCUGUUCACAUCCCCCACUUUCCCCUCCAUUCAUAGCAUUGAUCUAUUCUGUGUAGGGGACACUAGUGCAGGCGGACCAAUAUAUAAACACCCCUAAGACUCUUCCGAUCUCGUGGUAACAAUUUGGGAGCCAGUGAAUCUGGCAAUUUUUCUAAACAUAUAUAUAAGCCAUCAUGGGUUCCGCUUCAACAUCCACUCUUCCAGCUGAUUUCCUCUGGGGAUUUGCAACAGCGAGUUACCAAAUAGAAGGAGCUGUCAAUGAGGAUGGUAGAGGUCCAUCGAUCUGGGACACCUUCUGUAAAAUUCCCGGCAAAAUUGCUGGAGGUGCUACUGGUGAUGUGGCUUGCGACUCAUACCACCGCACACAUGAGGAUAUUGCCUUGCUUAAGGAAUGUGGUGCCAAGGCAUAUCGUUUCUCACUCUCAUGGUCCCGUAUUAUCCCACUCGGUGGCCGAAACGAUCCCAUCAAUGAGAAAGGCCUGCAGCAUUAUAUAAAGUUUGUUGAUGAUCUGCAUGCUGCUGGUAUCACUCCUCUCAUCACUUUGUUCCACUGGGACCUCCCUGAUGAACUUGAUAAACGCUACGGCGGUCUGCUCAACAAAGAAGAGUUUGUUGCGGAUUUUGCACACUACGCACGCGUGGUUUUCGAGGCUUUCGGCUCGAGAGUUAAACAUUGGAUUACCUUUAAUGAGCCGUGGUGUAGCAGCGUCCUUGGAUAUAAUGUUGGCCAAUUCGCUCCAGGUAGAACAAGUGACCGGGCCAAGAGUCCUGUGGGCGAUAGCUCGCGGGAGUGUUGGAUCGUAGGCCAUAGUCUUCUUGUAGCCCAUGGUGCUGCGGUGAAGAUCUACCGAGAUGAAUUUAAGGCUAGGGAUGGUGGAGAGAUUGGUAUCACUCUCAAUGGCGACUGGGCCGACCCUUGGGAUCCAGAGAACCCAGCAGAUGUCGAAGCCUGCGAUAGAAAAAUUGAGUUCGCUAUUUCCUGGUUUGCGGACCCUAUCUAUCACGGAAAAUAUCCGGAUAGCAUGGUGAAGCAGCUGGGUGAUCGACUACCAAAGUGGACGCCGGAAGACAUUGCGCUCGUCCACGGUAGCAAUGACUUUUACGGCAUGAAUCAUUACUGUGCCAACUUUAUCAAGGCUAAGUCUGGUGAACCAGAUCCUAAUGACACCGCGGGGAAUCUGGAGAUUUUGUUGCAAAAUAAGAAGGGGGAAUGGGUCGGACCUGAGACGCAAUCCGCCUGGCUGCGACCCUGCGCGAUUGGGUUCCGGAAGCUGUUGAAAUGGCUCAGUGAGCGAUACAACUACCCCAAGAUCUAUGUGACCGAGAACGGCACCAGUCUGAAGGGAGAGAACGACUUGCCGCUCGAACAGCUACUCCAAGACGAAUUCCGGACACAGUAUUUCCGGGAUUAUAUUGGUGCUAUGGCGGAUGCCUACACGUUAGACGGCGUCAAUGUCAGGGCCUAUAUGGGAUGGAGCUUGAUGGAUAACUUUGAAUGGGCGGAAGGCUACGAGACACGAUUCGGAGUGACUUUUGUCGACUACGAGAAUGGCCAGAAGAGAAUCCCGAAACAAAGCGCUAAAGAAAUUGGUAAAAUAUUCGACCAGUAUAUUGAGAAGGCCUAGUCUGCAAUCUACAUGUUUUUUAUUGGAUCCAUAUAACAUGCACAUUUAAGCUACUGUCUGUCCACAUAAUUUAGACAUCCA